AUGGAUCAAAUCGAAAGUAAAGGUUGUGGUCACAGCAAAUCUGAGCUGUGCAUAAAAUGUUUGUUGGCCGACGCAUUCAACCUGAAGGACGAUGACCUGGCGCCAACAGUGGCCAGAACUAAUGACCGUUGUCUGUUACCGUCGCAGCAGGAUAAAAACUUUGUAACGGCCAUGGCUACAUGCGAAUUGAUCUCUGACGAGCACCAAACUGCUAGCAACAGGAGUCAUCCGGUCUGCCAACAGCGGGAGGACGAUGGUCAGCAUCAGCAGGGGUUCUGUUCGUCGUCCGGGAACGUGCAGUCGAAUCCUGCGACCAUUGACCCCGAGGAUAUGUCUGAUGGGCCUGCCUACCGGCGACAGUCGUUGCUACUCCGGCUGUUCGAAAGCAAACUCUUCACGAUCACCAUCGCUGUCCAAUAUCUGUUCAACAGCAAAGAACCUGGCGUGCUCACUUACUUAGGCAACCGGCUUUUCAGCUUCGCCGAAGAGGAAUUCGACUUCUACCUGCCUCAGAUCGUCACUCUGUAUAUUAACGUGCGUGAAGUAGCCGAAGUGUUGCAUCCGUACGUCGUUUACCGGUACGCCGCUGUCUUUUCUUGUGUAUUCGCCGGGUUUGUUCGUUGCCACCUGGUUACACAGCCUUGAGG